CGCUAACCUAUUGACAACGUCUUGGGAGAACUCACUCUAUCUAGUCUUUGCUCUCGACCCUUCUUUGCCCUUUAUCGUCCAACCGUGACCCGGGGUUUUGUGAGUCCCGCUGUUUGUCUGUCACAGCCCGGCUAAACAUAUGAGUGUUUCACUGGUUGUCAUCCGGCUGGAACUUGCAGACCAUUCUCGCUUUCCAGUGGGUUUUCAGUAUUGUGCUGCCACCGAUAUGUCUGAUGAAGAAAUCAAAGAAAAUGCUUUGCAUAAUGCAGCAGCUGACUUGCAAGGGAAGUUGCCAGUAGAUAAGACUGCAAUUCUGCACCAACACAUUGGAAGGAGAGAAAUGACAGACAUGAUUAUAGAGACUCUAGGUCCCAGCUCAGAUGUGAAGGAAAGUUCUACUGAGAAAAUGGAUGCAUCACUGGCAAUUACUAAUAAGACCAGUUUGGAUGAACAGGGUACCUGUGCAAUGGCAGUUCCUGAUUCACCCUCUAAACAACUACCUGAACAGAUCACUUUCUUCAGUGGAAAUCCUUCAGUGGAAAUUAUACAUGGUAUCAUGCACCUGUAUAAAACAAAUAAGAUGACAUUGCUAAAAGAAGAUGUCCGUCGUAGUGCCAUGCUGUGUAUACUCACGGUUCCUGCAACAAUGACCAGUCAUGACCUUAUGAAAUUUGUAGCAUCAUUUAGUGAAGUAAUAGAGCAUAUGAAAAUCAUCCGGGACUCUACUCCAAACCAGUAUAUGGUUCUGAUAAAAUUUAGUUCACAGGCUGAUGCUGAUGGUUUUUAUAUGGCAAACAAUGGUCGCCAGUUUAAUUCUAUUGAAGAAGAUGUUUGCCAGUUGGUGUAUGUUGAAAGAGCAGAGGUGUUAAAAUCUGAAGACGGUGCCAGCCUCCCAGUAAUGGAUUUGACUGAGCUUCCUAAAUGUACUGUGUGCUUGGAGCGAAUGGAUGAAUCAGUGAAUGGAAUUCUGACAACACUUUGCAACCACAGCUUUCAUAGCCAGUGUUUGCAACGUUGGGAGGACACCACAUGCCCUGUGUGUAGAUACUGCCAAACUCCUGAGCCAGUAGAGGAAAACAAAUGCUUUGAAUGUGGUGUUCAGGAAAACCUCUGGAUCUGUUUAAUCUGUGGCCACAUUGGAUGCGGCAGAUAUGUUAGUAGGCAUGCAUACAAGCACUUUGAAGAAACACAACACACCUAUGCAAUGCAGCUGACAAAUCACAGAGUCUGGGAUUAUGCAGGAGAUAAUUAUGUCCAUCGAUUGGUUGCAAGCAAAACAGAUGGCAAAAUAGUUCAGUAUGAAUGUGAAGGAGACACCUGCCAGGAUGAAAAGAUUGAUUCUCUACAGCUAGAGUAUUCGUACCUUCUCACCAGUCAGCUAGAUUCACAACGCAUUUAUUGGGAGAACAAAAUUGUGCGUCUGGAAAAAGAUACAGCAGAAGAGAUUAAUAACAUGAAGGCAAAGUUUAAGGAGACCAUAGAUAAGUUUGACAGUUUGGAGCACAGACUUAAUGACCUGAGCAAAGAGAAACAAGCUGUGGAAAGAAGGUGUGCCCAGUUGACCAGUAAAGUGGCUAAGCUCUCCACUGAGCUGAAAGAAGAGCAAGAAAUGAACAAGUGCCUUAGGGCCAAUCAAAGCAUGCUGCAAGCCAGGCUUCGAGACGAGGAAGUUAUGCGCAAGGAAACCUGUGAGCAGAAGGACAUGCAGCUCUUAGAAAUGCAGGAGCAACUGAGAGAUGUGAUGUUUUACUUGGAGGCACAGCAAAAAAUAAACCACAUGCCUGCAGACACUCGACAGGAGAUACAGGAUGGCCAGAUCAACAUAGCAUCCUCCACUUCUCCCGCUCCUUCUGGAAAGCUUUCAUCUCGGAAAGGGCGUGGAAAAAGGGGCAAAUAGUUUAUCAUUAAUUCCUUUGUUAUUUAUUGUCUUAAUGUUUCCACGUGAAAAUAUUUUGAGGAGACAGAAUUUAAAGCUGUUCAGGUUUAGGAAUUGUUUUCUUCUGGCAUCAUUUAUUUCAGCUAGAACCAUUAGGUACAAUUUUCCACAAUCCAUUUGUUAGAGGUGCCUUCAGAAACAAGUUAGCAGUAGAUCUUUCGGUAAAAAAAAUUACUUGAAAAGCAAGAGGCCAAAUAUAAUAAAUUUUGCUGCUGAGCUUAGCUAGAUAUGGCCUUGUUGGUUCAUUUAUUUGUGAAGAAUCAAAAGUAGCUUAUUUCUCAGUUACCAAGUUACUAGCAAGAGGUGGAGAAUAAACCUAAAGGGUCAGGGCACACAGGCAGAUUCAGGGAAAUUAGUCGCCCGGCGACAAAUCUCCUCUUCUUGGGGGUGAAUUAUCUCCAUCUCUUCCCCUCACAAGGAAAUUUCGGAAAACAAAUCGAGCCAAGUGCCAUCCCGCCGUCGAUUUAUGUUUUAGCCGGCGGUGAGGCAUUUCGGGGAGAUUAGUCGCCCCAAUGAAGCGGAGAUUUGUCGCCCGGACCCAAAUAGUAACUAAAGCACUGGGAUAUUUCGGCACCAUAAUCGUGUACCCUAUGCACAAACUGUAUGCACCAGUUGUACACAUAGGGCACAUUGCUAUGGCAACAACUUCUUUCUGGGCUGUAGCUGCCAUUUAUGCAUUAGGACGCCUAUAUAUGCCACUAUGCAAAUGACAACGCAGCUGCCUUGACCGGAGUAACCUGCCCUGAACAUUCUCUGCUUGUUCAAUGUUUCUACUUUCCGAAACUGGAACCAGUUACACUAUAUAAAAAAAUAAGCACAAUAGAAACAGGACACACUAGAAAGUUGCAAUAAAUAGAUGCAAUCAGAAAGUUGGUGAGACAAGUCACUUCCUACAUUAUUUAUAUAUGCUGUAACACUACAUUAGGGAAAAGUCCAGCUUUGCUACUCUGCUUGUUUGUUUGUUAUACCACAUGCAUUUGCUAAUACUUAUGGUGUUUUAUUCAACUGUAUUAAGGGGCCCUACCAUGUAUAUUGGCUUUAUUACACUAUGAAUUCAUUUGGUUUAAAAUAGCUUUGUGGGGUUAUGUAAACCCCUAUUAUUGUAUGAUAUUUGUACAACUAGUAAAGGACCAGCAAUACCAAAAAAA